GACUCUCAUUUGACAUGUGGACAUCAUGCACACUUAUCACCACUCGCGGAUCUGCGUUCUCGAGAGAUCUUCGUACUCUUAGCCACAUCGAACUACGUAUUAUAUUUUCUAGUUUAAGAUUGCGUGGUAUAAGAUAUUACUGCCUGAUUCUCUGCGAUAACACAAUCCUUUCUUCACUUUUAACAUCCAUUACAAUACUCUCCUGAACAUUUUCCUGCAUGGUCUACUUGAUAAAAUUUUGAGAUCUUUGUAUCAUUCAACAUCGUGGACGACUGGCCUUCCUACGAAAGCAAAAGCCAUGUCUAAUUCUAUAUUGAACCUAGGCUCCUUCGCUUGCUUGCUGAGCUUGGGGUCUAUAGUUCUUUGGUACACUAUCAGUGCAGUCUUAGCGUGGUAUCCUCUACGAAAGAUACCAGCACCAUCCUUCCUUGCCACAUUCUCGUAUCUUUGGCUUGCCAAAACAACCUACAGCGGAAAACAGUACUGGAUUCAGCGCGACUUACACAAGAAAUAUGGCCCAUUGGUACGAAUUGGACCAACAGACAUCAUUACUGAUGAUCCUGAAAUCAUCAAAAAGAUAUCUUCAGCUCGCAGCUCUCACCGUCGAGGGGACUGGUAUUUGACCGGUCGAUUCAAUCCAUAUUAUGACAACAUGUUCACGAUGCUGGAGCCAGGACCUCACGCCAAGGCAAAAGCAAGAACUGCUGCAGCAUACAGCGGACGCGAUAUGCCUGACUUGGAGGUCGGUGUUAAUGCUCAGCUGCAAACUCUCAUCGGUCUGAUGCGCUCAAAAUACGCAUCGAAUACUGUCAAACCUCAUCAGCCAUUGCUUGAUCUUGGCCAAGUGUCGUGCUUUUUUACCAUGGAUGUGAUUACUCGGCUUGCCUUUGGUGAGGAAUUUGGCUACCUCAAGGAAGAAACCGAUCAAUACGGCUUCCUUGGUGAGGUACGCGAACUCUGGCCACGUAUGUCAACAUCAGCCGAUACUCCUUGGAUUAGAAAGUUCCUCUUUUCUCCCCCCUUCCUCAAAGUUCUUGGCCCAAAGCCUACUGAUAAAACGGGGUUCGGUGCUUUAAUGGCGGUAGCAGAGCAUCAUGUGGGUAAGAGAUUUGCACCAGAUGCGAAGAAAAAGGAAGAUAUGCUUGGGUCAUUCAUUCGACAUGGUUUGAAUCAGCAGGAGUGCGAAGUUGAAGGCCUCUUCAUGAUCGUCGCCGGAACAGAAAGUACUGCAUCUGCUAUUCGCUCUACACUGGUGCAUGUAAUGACCUGUCCCCGUGUAUAUCAGAAGCUUAAGACUGAGAUCAACCUCGCCGUCGAAGAGGGGAAAGUUUCAAGUCCUAUCAAACUCGAAGAGGCAAAGUUGCUUCCAUUUCUUCAGGCUGUCAUUUACGAAGGCAUUCGUAUGCGUCCUCCUCUUCUGGGACUCUUCCCUAAAAUUGUCCCAGAUGGCGGGGAAGAAUUUCAUGGAAUGUUCAUACCAGCGGGUACAGCAAUCUGUAUGAAUACUUCUUCUCUGUUGAGAUCCACUGCUCUUUUUGGGGAUGAUGCAGAAGUUUAUAGACCAGAACGUUUCAUGGAGCUUGAAAAGUCGAAGAGGGGUGAGAUGGAGCGCAAUGUGGAACUUGCCUUUGGUUAUGGUCAAUACAUGUGUGUUGGAAAAACAGUCGCGUUCAUGGAGCUGAACAAAUCCAUCUUUGAGAUACUGCGAGCCUUUGACCUCCAGCUGUUGAGUCCCGCCAAACCAUGUGAUGUCCUCAGCUAUGGAAUCUUUCUUGAGUCAAACAUGCUUGUUAAAGUUACUGAAAGUGAGGGAACAGAAUACAAAUAGCGCAAUGGGAGAUUCAUUGAAUAUUCAAUCUCAAUCAAAUGUUCAUAGCAGUAUAGUUUAGCUAUCUCAAAGUUGCAUGACUCAUGCAAGUACAAUGGAAAUGCACUCUAGCAAUUGUUUUGAAUAUCUCA